CUACAGCUUCUGGUAGCCUAUGGAACCAGACACGAUGGGGCAACAACCGACCACGGGCGAAGCAGGUGAGGAGUACAGGACAUCGUCCAACCGAGCACUGAGGGAUCUGAAGGAACGAAUUAGGCAGGAAGCAUCGCUGAGAUGGGCUGACCUAACUAAUGACGGAGAACCCGGCGUAAUGGGCGAGCCGGUCGUGACAGAGCCGGAGGAGACUUUAAAGACUGGGACGUCGAGCGCUCGACGAGAAGCGACGACACGACGCUCCCCCGAGUAUGAGAGAGGAGAUCUAGACGGAGACCGACGGGAUGACUCGCGCGGGCGGUAUGACCGCGGGGGAUUCACGAGAGAACAACGCGAUGAUUCGCGGGGGUGGUACGACCGAGGAGAUCGACGCGAUGAGUCACGCGAGCGAUACGACCAUGGAGACCGCCAGAAUGACUCCCGGGGACGAUAUGAGCAAGGAGGAUCUAGAGGAGACUGCCGCAAUGAUUCGCGCGACCGGAAUGAGAGAGGGAGAUAUGGCGCGUCAUCCGAUCCGUAUACAAAGUUCCCUGACCCCAGAGCAGCGAGGGGUUCGACCUCUAGGAGCGCAGACGACAGGCCACCCUCUCCCAGGAACUCUUGCGUCUACUGUAGAGGGGAUGAUCAUAUCAAGAGAGACUGCCCGGAUCUCAAACGGGCAAUAGAUGAGAGACUUGUCGUGCUGGAUGACCGCAAGUACGUCAAGUGGGCAGAUGACCUGGGAGACGUAUCAAUGUUCCCUUCGAUGAAGGAGAAUGUAAAAGCAAGGAGAGUAAGGCCGAGUAAAGGAAAGGAGCCGGUUAGGAGUCAGAGCAUCAAGAUAACUUUCGAAGGAGAUAUGGCAACCACAUACAUAAGGGUGGCAGCUACCAAGUCGGCGAUAGGGUCUACAUCGAGGAAGACUGACACGGAUUACGUGAUGGCGGAGAAGGACGAACAACGGAUCGAUGGAGAGGAGGUUAUUCUUUCACCGCGAAAGAGGGACGCGAAGAAGUUCUUGAUGAAGAGUUCGUUGGAUGAGAUUGACACGGUCAAGCCACUGAGACGGGCCCUUCGGCAGCCCAUGCAGUGCUCUAUUCUAGAAUAUCUGGCAGCAUUCAAGCCGGCUCGCGACGAGUUACAGAUUAUCACGCGGAAGACUCGCAUACCUCUAUCAGAGGAGGCUCAGGUGGCCGCUAAGGCGGAUGCCCCUACUGUAGCAGUAUCAGAGGUGACUGCUAGAGCAGAUCGCAUGGUGACAGUUCUUCUUGAUGAGAUGGAAGGUGUGCCUCCAGACAAGUUUUACAUACUUGGUAGUGGGACCGUGGAGGCGAUCCUAAACAACGGACCGGUACUAGAUGCUGUGAUCGAUAACGACAGUGAGACUGUCAUUAUAGACGAGGAUCUGGCAGAGCAAGUUGGACUGAGACUCGAUAGGUCAUACCUAUUCGAAAUAGGAACUGCUGAUGGGAGAAAGCAACAGAUCACAGGGGUUUGUCACAAGGCAGCCAUAGAGGUCCAAGCGGUACGAGUGACCCUGCCAGUCUUUGCAGUCAAGAAUUGCAGCUCUGACCUGCUCUUGGGACGGACGUGGCUAAGCCACGUGCAUGCGGUGACGAUAGAGCGACCCGACAGGAGUCAGACACUGUCCAUUAAGAAGUUAGAUGAGACGCGGGUUAUGAUUGAGACGGUAGAGCCUCGAGACCCGAGGAACAGAGCAACUCUCGCUGUGGGUGCGGGACCCAGUGAUCGGAUUAAGUCAUUACCUAUCUCCGGCCGCGCGGUGCGAUUUCGCGAGAAGAAGUAUGGACCCCUGCUCACAGAAGAAGAAGGCCGAAUUGUAGAAGUGAAAGAUUUAGGAAAUCGGCUGAUAAUGGAUGGGAACUCUUAUCCAAAGGAAAGGAACGAAGAAUUCGGCGGCGUGAUAACUGUGUCUUUUUCAAGGGCACAGCCCACCUACGCGGAGCAACCCAAACACCACAAGCGAGUAGGUUAGAAAGUUAAACCUACUGCGGUACGUCGAGAGCGAUCUGCGCGAGAAGGAAUAUCUGAAGAGGAGAUCGCCAAAGAGAUUAAGGAAAGGGAAAAAAAGAGUCACAACGUUUAAUAGAGGAUAGGAUAGCAGGGAUGGAUAUCGACGAUGAGAACUUAACCCCGCAGGAAAGAGAACGAGUAUUAAAGGUACUCAAGACUUACGAUAAGGCUACAGCUUUCAGCGA